AUGUCUUCGCCCUCACAAGCUAGGUUUGAACAGGAGACCGAUUUUGAUUUUAACAGAGUAUCCUUCCGUGGACGUGCUAGAGAGUUUGUAGAGCUUCAUGAUCAGGUUCAGACAAGUGUUGGCUUGUUGGACUCGCUCGAAUCUUUCCUCUCCACCUUCCAGACAGACCUCUCUGCCGUAUCCGGUCAGAUCUCGGACCUUCAGAAUAGGAGCAAGGAUAUUGAGGGAAGGUUGAAGAGUAGACGAAAAAUCGAGAAACCACUAUCCCACCUUCUAACCGACCUCACUAUACCCCCUACACUCGCAACAACUAUCCUGGACACGGACGUCGGCGAACCAUGGAUCUCAGCCAUCUCAGACUUAGAAAGACACCUUCAUGUAUUGAAGGCUCGCUCACGAGUAAAGGCCGCUCGUGACCUUGGAGAAGUGGCGGAGGGCUUGCGCAUAGUCGCUGCGACGAAACUACGAGCAUACUUCCUCGCCUUGCUGCAACCCAUACGAACGAGCAUGACGACGAAUAUGCAGGUUAUACAGAGCUCGGUGUUCCUCAAGUAUCGCUCCCUGUAUGGAUUCUUGCAGCGCCAUGCACCUUCUGUCGCUACUGAGGUGCAGAAGGCCUACGUCAGUGCGGCGCGUACAUACUACGAGACCGGGUUUCGACGCUAUAUGAGAAGUCUUGGCUGGAUUAAGGCCAGAAUCUUCGACAAGUCAGACAAUAUCACAUCAUCGACGAUUGAGCGGGAUGCAAUUAUUGAUCAAGACCGUCUAGCGUAUGCGAGGAUAGAAGGUCCCGGUGUUACGAUGUUGUACCAAGCUGACGACAAGUCAUAUAACGAGCCCGUAGAGGGCCUUCUCCGAUCAUGUAUGCUCGUCCUGAUGGACAACGCAACCGCCGAGUACUCCUUCAUCGCCCGUUUCUUUUCGCAGGAGCCUCCCCCUCCACCAGCAGCCUCCUCUACGGUCAGAAGUGGUCUCAUCUCCCCAGGCCCAUUAUCUCCAGACGAGGGCCAGUCGACACUGGGAACGGACCUCAAUGGCCCCCUUACGCCGACCAUGGCGCGUCGAGACAGCAUCGUCAGCACUAUGAGUACUCGAGCAGCACAACAGAACACAAACGGACUUUCAAAGGAGGAUGUAACAGCGUUAACCACUAUCUGGAAACAAGUCAUGGACCCUGCUCUCGAUCAUGCCCAGAAAUUCAUCCAAACAGCUCUCGAGCCCGUCCCACCCGUCAUUCCACUGCUGACUAUGAUCCGUCUGACCGAAGAAAUCAUGUCCGAAGUCCAAAAACGGAACUGCCCUCCACUGGAGACGGCACUCUUUGGCAUUCGACUGCAAAUGUGGCCGUUGUUCCAGAAAGCUAUGACGGAGCAGGUAGAUGCAUUGAAGAAGCUGGCGGAAGGCGCUGCCGGUGGGUAUGCUGGGUAUUUUACGAGGAGGACAGAGACGACGGACGCGAGUGUUUCUUCGAUCUGCAAGAGAUAUAUCGUCAUGUUUCUCUCGUUCGUUAUGCUCACAGAGCAGACGGAAGAGACGAUGAUAUUCUCCAACUUGCUCCGCCUCCGUCAAGAACUCACCAAACUCGUCGAAACCCACACCGAAAAGAUCAGCGACACCCUCAUACGCGCGAAAACCGAGUCUUCGCUCUACGAAGAGCUGCUCCAAGGUCUACACCGAGGAUUCCGUUCCGCACCUUCACAUCCGCGAGCCCAGACCGAGAUGACAUACUGGAAAGAGAAGGAAGAGGCCGCGCGGAAGAGGAUGCAUAGCACCGGGGCUGGGGCAAGGGCUGCACGCAGGUAG